UACUCACGGACGAGAGUCAACCACAAUCGCAGAAGACAACAACGGUCGCCCAGCGCCGGCUCAGCUGCACAGGUUUUAUUGCACCCGAAAAAACAUUGUGAAAGUUCGUCGCUCCACAGUCUGUGGACAAUAUAAAGCACAGAUGGGUCCUCAGGCAUCUGCGCAGCAGGCUCUCACACCUUUUAACUUGUCCCUCUAAUCUUAACACUAUUCUUCUUUCAUUCCCUAACUUAGUCCUUUAACUUGAAAACCAUUAAAUUUAUCAUGUUCUUCAACUUCGCUGUUCUUCUAGCUGGCGCUGGUUUCGCCGUUGCCUCAUCAGGAAUCUCUUCCCAAUGCCAGAGUGCUCUACUUAACGUUUCAGCCUCAUCCAGUGCUGCAUGUUCGAAUCCAUCAGGGCUUAUCUCGCUCGCCAUCACGAACUCAAGCUCAAGUUCGAUUAUUCCUGGUGUUAACACCUGGCUAUCUGGCUUGUGCUCUCAAACCGCCUGCACUAACUCGACCCUCCAAACUGUCAUAACAGAGGUCAUCUCCGGAUGUUCCACUGAACUCUCGAGUCUUGGAAUAACUACAAGCAAUCCUACUGCCAUUGUCACAUCCAUUCAGGCUGCUUACCCUACUGUUCGACAGCUUGUGUGUCUGAAGGACACUGCGAUGAGCACUCUUUGUGUCCCUGAGCUGCUGACGAACAUCCAGUCUGCCACGACGACUCUUUCACUCAACAACAUAGUGGCACUUGUCACCAAAUUAGUGUCUGGCCAGAGCACUGGAAUUACCUCGAGUGCCGUCUGCAAUAACUGCAGUAAGGCGGCCUAUACUGUUCUUAGUCAGGGUCUCCCUGCAAUUGCUAGCACUGCUCAAAGUGCAGUUUCAUCUGAAUGCGGUGCCAACUACACAGAUGGUCAGAUGCCUUCUGGUAUCCAGGAGAGCGCAACCAAUUCCUCAUCAACGACCAGCAGCAGUGGUGCUAUUGCGCUCUCUUUUGGUAGUCUCAACAUGGGUGUUGCUGCUGUUGCGGCCGUUUCAGCCGCCUUUGCGAUCCUAGCUUAAGCCAUAACCGUUUCAUAAAGGACA